CGUAAAUAACGUUCACAGCGUAACAUUGAACGAAGCGCCUUAAAGAAGAGACGAGUUUUUGGGCAUUUCCCCCCCCUAAGACUAUCUCCAUGAACAACCUGAAUGAUCCUCCUGGAUGGAAUAUAAGGCCAGUACCCAAUCAGGGUCCUGAUGGAGGGAAGUGGAACUACGCACUGUUAGUGCCAAUGCUUGGCCUUGCUGCUUUUCGUUGGAUCUGGACACGUGAGUCGCAGAGGCAGAUUGAAGAAGCAAAAAGCAAGUUCGAGGGGGAUGUGGCUGCCAUCGGCAAAGACCUGGAUCUCAAGUAUAAAGAUACGCUGACAGAGAACCGGCGCACGGCCGCCCUCCUGGAGCUGGAGCUAGAGAAAGCCCGUCAGCGGGUAGAGGGCUACAAGAGGGCCCUGGCCUCACAGAGCCAGCAUCUCAUGGAGGAGCGCAAGCAGCUGCAAAAGGAACGUGACGAUCUAGAAGAGGAGAAGAAGCACGCCCUGCAGACGGGAGCAGCCGGGCUGGCGCUUCAUGCGGCUCUGCAACAGGAAGAGAAAUGGCAACAGAGAGCCGAGGUUUUUCUACAGGAUGUGGAGCAGCAGCUGGUGGAGAGGCAGAACGCCUUCUGCAGCCUCCUGCUGCCCAGAGAUCGCAGACGGGAGAUCGAGAAAGAUCUGCUGCUCAGAGUGGCAAAGGACCCGGCGGCAGCGGAGUUGGGCUUGGAGGAUGACAUCAAGGACAUUUUUAAGAACGAAAGACACUGCGCAGACAUGCUGAAUAUGGACAGGAGGAAAAACGGGAAGCUGAUGUGGCUGUAUCUUAAAUACUGGAGGCUGCAGGUUACGCUGCAGAAACACACAAGAGCAGAGGACAGGCUGAAAGGGUCACUGCCUGAUGUCAAGUGACUUUAAAGGGAAACUGAAACUUGAUUUUAACUUCAUGGGUUGCCAAUAGUGUGUGGCAGUUCUCAUUUGCACUGAUGAAUAUGUUCACUUUAUGGUCAAAAGUAUUGGGACACCUGACCUUUUUUCCAUAUGUGGUGGUUCUUGUGGUUCAUCAACUGUAACCACAAAACUGGAGGCAUACAAUUGUACAGGACUUGUUUGGAUACGGUGUAAUACAUUUUUGCGUUCACUUGAACUUAGAAACCCAAACCUGUUCCAGCAUGGCGAUUCCCCUGUGCACAAAGCGAACUCCAUGAAGAUCUGGUUUACAUGUUUUGGAAAGGAAAAUCUUGAGUCACCUUCAGUUCUGAUCUCAUUCCUACUGAACACCUUUGGGAUGAAUGUGAAUGCUGACUGCAUCCAGGGCCUCCUCACCUCACCUACAGCAGUACCUAACUCUACUAACACCCUUGUGGCUGAUGAACACGAAUGUCCACAAU